ACUAAUUAUGCAAUGGCAUUAACAUCUCAAACAAACAAAUGCAAUGACAUUAACAUAACCACAAAUUUACUGCCAAUGAGACUUUUGGACCCACAAAGAAAACUUAACUUAGGAGUGAAAGCAUUUUCCCAUUAAUCACAGACACCGUACCUUUCUUUCAAUUCUCUAUCUACUCCAUUCCCUUCUGACUAUAUCUGUGUUUAAAAGAGAAGACAAUGGCAGACCCCAAACCAAGAAUACUUUCUUGGCGUCAAAGCUAGAAACACCAUCACCGAUACUCUACUUCAUAAUUUCAGAUAUGAGUUAUACAAACCAAUUACAUACGGAAAUUAAGCCACUGGAGCUUGACAUGUAUAAAUAUGUGGUCCUAGGUUAAGGCAGAUUGCAACCUAGCAACAAAGCAUCAUGGGAACUUACCAGAAACAGAUGAACACAAUUCUCUCAUUGGCAUUCUUCAUGAUUCUUGUUGGAAAUCCUGACACCCCUGUCUUUGGUUUUAUGGAGGAAGAACAGUCUGAAACCUCACUUCAUGAUAGCACGACUGACAGGUAACUCUUGUAUUCUAAAAUUAUACAGCAUGAUCAUGGAUAAUCCUGAAAGAUCAAUAAUUUUAUUAAACUCAAAAGUUUGCCUGCAAAACACCCAUUUUCAGAAGUUCCAAGUGUGCACCUUCUUCUUCCAGAAACAUCCAUAGAUGUUUUUAUUAGUUUUAGAUUCUGCAGAUAGAGACAUUCCAAUAUCUAGUAUUCUUGAUACAAAUGCUUGCCUGUUAUUCAGCUUUUAUGCAGAUGGUGAAGAUUGGUCAAUGGUGCAGAAGGACGGAAACCAGUUUGCAGUUAAUGGCCAGCCAUUCUACCUCAAUGGAUUCAAUACCUAUUGGCUGAUGGUAUUUUCUGCAGAUAAUUCUACAAGAGGGAAGGUCACUGAGGUAUUACAACAAGCAUCUUCCGUGGGACUAACCGUUUGCAGGACUUGGGCAUUCAAUGAUGGUCAAUGGCGAGCUCUUCAGAAAUCUCCAGGAGUUUAUGAUGAAGAUGUUUUCAAGGUACCAUAAAUUUUGCCAUAAAAACUUUCCAGUAGCACUCGGGUUUCAUGUCAUCAGAUAAUCUGGUUUCCUCCCCAAAUUUGCAGGGCUUGGAUUUUGUAGUGAGUGAAGCAAAGAAGUACAAGAUCAGGCUGAUUCUGUCAUUCGCCAACAACUGGGAUGCAUAUGGUGGAAAGCCACAAUAUGUGAAAUGGGGGAAGGACGCAGGACUUAAUUUAACCUCUGAUGAUGAUUUCUUCUCCCAUCCAACCCUUAGAGGCUACUACAAGGCCCAUGUCAAGGCAAUUUUCCUUUUCACUGUUCCAAUCCAUUCCAUUUUCCUGUGGAGAUCAGUUCUAUCUCAGCUCACUUUUGUGAAUAUUUUGGAAUUGCAGACAGUGCUAAACAGAGUCAAUACAUUCACAAACAUAACUUACAAGAAUGACCCAACAAUCUUUGCUUGGGAAUUGAUGAAUGAACCUCGAUGCACCUCAGACCCCACUGGUGAUAAAUUGCAGGUUUGAUU